CUGAACCUGUUUUACUCUACCCAUGAAUACUGCUGAACAGGAUAAGUUGUUGCCUGGGCCAUUUGAAAGAAGGUAACGAUUUUGCAAACCAGAAAUUACCAGCCAACUGUUCCUAUCAAGACUAUCUCCUGUUGAUUUCUGAAUUUUUCAAAAUGAGUAAGAGUAAACUAAUUCCCAAGCUUUCCGUUCAAUCUCCUGUCCAUCAUACCAACUUAAAUGUCCAGUCCUCAAACCCACUCCGUAAGAAAGAAGACUUAAAUCUGAUUUCAGAAGACUCCUUGGAAUCAGAUUCAGAAAGCCUCACUCAAGAGUUCGAGUCCCAGUCUGAACUUGAGGACCAAAUCCAGGAUGUAGAUGUGGAGCCUGACAGCCUAGAGGGCAGUCCUCAGAGGGAAAGCUUGAGUGAAACAGAAGAGGAAGCAAGCAGAAAAGUAGCUCAGAUGGCCAUCCAAGGAGACCUCCCGGUCCAGGAUAAUGACGUGAAUAACAGCCAACAACCUAUAGAAGACAAAUACUCAGACCUCCGCUAUGACCCAAAUUGGAAGAAUAAGAAGGAAGAAGGGCAGUUGUUGAGGGGGGAAGCAUUGCCAGAGUCUGCAGCCAGUUAUUCAGAAAAUCUGCCCUUGGAUCCACUCUACCCUUCCAAGGAGACUUCAAUGGAACUCUCAGAGGGAAAAGGCAAACAGAGAAAGAGCUCUCAGAGCGAAACUUCCUUACUUGGAAGUGAAUUUUUAAGCCCAAACUAUGAGAGUGGUGCCCAACACAAAGAGCCAUUUUCAGAGCUGAGCAGUAGUGAUAUGGAGGAGAAGUCAAGCAACCUCUCUCAGUACCUGAAGAGUUCAAGUUCACAUAAUGAGGUGUUCCUGCCAGGAUCACGUGGCCCUCGGAGAAGGAAGUCCAAGCAAUAUUUUGUGGAAAAAAACAAGCUGACUUUGGGAUUACCCUCUCCUAAAACAGACUCGUAUCUUCAACUUCACAACAGAAAAAGGGGGGAAACUCACCCAGAGCAGAUAUACUACCCCAUCAGAGUAACUGGCAAGACGUCUGUUCAGAAUGCCAAAGAGAUGGAAAAUGCUGCCAUUGAUCUUGAGGACAAGUGGCAUCAAAGAGCACAGCAGUUAAAGAUUUACCAGGAGCACUGGUCUCAAUAUGAAGGUACAAAAUCAAGCAAUGUACCAAGAAGUCAAUCCUCUGAAAUCGCCAGCGGCCAGCAACCAUCCAAAAGACCAGCCAAGCCCAAAGCUCGGAGACAGCAUAAACGCCAGAUUGGCCUCAAGUCUUUCAUGACCAAAGAACUCAUUGUCAGUCAAGGAAACCAGAAUGACAUUCCAAGACAGCAACAAAACCAAAAUCAGCCUAUAGAUGCUUCAGUAAAGCAUGGAUCAACUGUGCUCACAAACGCCUCUAACAAUGAUUUACAAGACUCAAGAGCAUUUAGGAGCCAGGAUCCCAAAGUGACCUCCAACAUAUUUGCUCCACCAAAGCAGGCUUUUGAAAGGGUAUUAUAUAAAAACUCUACUGGAUAUCACUCAAUGCUGAAUAUCAAUAAAGAAAGGGGACAAUGCAGAGAUGAAGAGGAGAGAAGAUUUCCAUAUCAGCAGCUACCCAUCUACGCUCUUUCUAAUUCAGAUUUGAACAACCUUAACGAACUUUCUAAGAGGCAAGUGUUCCUGAGCCAGAAAGAGUCUCAGUCUGUUUAUGACAUGAAUGUUCAAAGAUCGACUGAAAAGAGGAAGCAACCAAAACAGCCUUUUACAGAGACAAAAUAUAAGAACCUAGAAAUGUUAUGGAAAUUCCAUCCUUCCUCGGACAGCCAACCUGUCAGAGCUUCCCCAGAUUCACGGCUCACUCAGAUAAUGGAGCAGCAUCAGCAAGCCUUGGUGCAGCUGACCGACGUGCAGCCCACCGACGUGCAGCCCACCGACGUGCAGCCCAGUAAAGGGUCCUCUUCUAGCAUCAUGCUCCCCCCCAUCUCAUCAAGGGUAGAAAGUGAAUCCCAACUCAGUCCAGAGAGAAGCCAAAGAAACCAAAUGAAAAUUACCCGUAGCAAUUCUGAAGGCUAUCUGUUUCAACUGGAAAAAGGAAAAAAACACAGGAAAAGGAGCAGCAUUAAGAGUUCCAAGCUGAAAGGUUAUCAAAAAAGAGAUGUGAAGCUUGGAGGCCUAGGACCUGACUUGGAAUCUGUCAGAGAAAAAAUGCAAAAAUUAAUACAGCAAAAAGAAUAUGCAAAACAAGUACAGGAAUACAACAUGAAGACGCUGUCUGUUCUGUCCAAACCACAAACAGCAAAAACUGAAAAUAAAUCAGCCAUUCCUCGGCAGAAGCCAGGAACAGCCAUCCAUAAAGAGACCAGGAUGAGGGGACCAACCAUCUUCCUAUUCUUAGUUCUCAAGAAUUAAACCUGGACUCCAGGACUCAUUCUGCCUCCAAUCAGGUAGAGCUGUGUUUAUGCUAACAGUGUUUCCGAUUUGCCUGCUUUUUUUCAAAACAAAAGGUUAUGAAAUACAUUUAUGUGAUAACCAUUAUUAUCCAAAGUUCAGGUAUGAAGACAUGAAUUGGUGUGAAUAUACUGUGUAUACAACCAGAGAUAUGAAAAAUUGUGCUCUAUAUGUGUAAUAAGAAUUGUAAUGCAUUCUGCUGUCAUAUAUAAAUUUUUAAAAAAUUUUAAAAAAGAAAUAAAUUUAUUCUGCUCUGUAUGGACCCAGAAAAAGCCCUGGUCUCUUGUGAAGACCAGAGAAGGAAAAAAAUAGUGCCUGGUACUUUUGAGUCUGUAUUCAUCAUCUAAUUUAACACACACACACACACACACACACACACACGCACACACAUACAUACACUACAUCCUUCCCCAAAUAUACAACAGUACUACUCACUUUAAAGAUUCUUCUUAAAUCCCAUUAGUGGUUGUUCUUCCUGGGAUUAGAAGAAUUUGGUAUUUUUCCCUUGCCUCCAUGUUCUUGUAUAUUUACUUUCCCUUCCAGGUUACCCCGACAUUCUUAUUCAUGAAACACUUAUUUCCUCUCAAACCAAGUCUUUUGUUUUAUUGUAAAGCAUUUGCUAUAAGUAAAUCCUUCUUUAAAUGGUACUGUCAGGCUGAGGAUAUGGCUCAGUGGUAGAGCACCUGGCUAGCAGGCAGGAGGCCCUGGUUUGUCCCCAGCAAAAUACAAACACACAGGGUGGGGGAGAAAGGGUCCUGUCAUUAACUGAACAGAGAUGGAAGGAAGAUAUCUAAGCCUGAAUUUGCUUUUAAUAGCCACAUCUACAGGAUCUAAAGAAAUGAGAGUAGUGUUCUUAUGAAGUGAGGCAAAAUGCCAACUGAUUCAUUGUUACCAGAAGACAAUGAAGUGCAUGAGAAAAGAAGGGAAGGAGGGGGUUAGAGGAGAUAUUUUUCCCUCUUUGGCUCUUAGCUAGCCCACAUUUCAUGGAUAAAUUCUUCAAUCUUGUCAAACCUCAAUUUCCUCAUCUGUGAAAGGGGAACAUAAUGCUGAUCAUAUGUAACUUACAAGUUUUCGGAUUGAUUCCAGAACACUAUAUGGCGUUUAUAUUUUAGAAAUACUAAUUUUGCCUCCUAAAUGAUACAGAUUGGGUAAAUCUCUCACUCUGGCACUCAUCAUUGCCUUAUAUAAUGUUUUCUCAAUAACACUAUUGUUGUUUGUAUUCAAGCCUAUUGCCACAUUGAUAGGAUCAUAGAACUUAGACCCAAAAGGAUCUUUAGGAUUAAAAGUAACCCAAGCUCACCCCACUGUAGUCUAUAUACUGUUAUUCGUCAUUGGAACCCGACCAGCCACAGUCACUCUUUUCCAGUCUUCCUGGGCUCACAUGCGUAAAGAUACAACCAGAAGCCAACGGAAAAUCGAAAGCCGAGGUCGCCUUCAGCACGGCUGCUGUAUUUGAUAAAGUGUAUUGAGUAUGACGGUGUUGUCACACAAUUCAUUAGUAAAAUCUCGUAUUCCAAACAUCAAGAGAUUCCUUUCCCUCCAGCGGUUCGGAGCGAUAAAAUGGCAUUUGCGGUGAACUUUUCCAUGUAGGUGGGACUCAAUACCAUUAAUCAAACGAUUGAAAACACAAAAACCGGGGUGGGGAGAAGAAAUCUGUUAACGAAAGGUCACUAGCCCAGUUCACUUCUACGGGAAUAGGAAAUUGCCUAGGGCGGAGGGGAGAAGGCGUGCGCGUUGGAGGACAAGAGAACAAACGGUUCCCGGAAACGCGUGGUCGUUCCCAGUUUCGCCCGGCGAGCCCUUUAUUAUCUAAAGAGACUGCAAACCCAGUAACAGAAUAGGAGACCUUGCAGGGGGAAAAGAGGGAUAACGCUCAAGGCGAUC